UUCACUACCCUUCGCCACUCACACCUCUUAUGCAUUACAAACUAACACGGAAGCUUUCCAGAGAAAUGGUUUCUAGUUCCGGACCAUUCAUUCGCAUUUCCCUAAGUAACUCCAGGCAGUUGCUCUGAUGUUUAUGAAGAGACAUUGUGGCUAUUUGAUUCCCAGAGGAGCCAUGUUCGAGUGCCUGACUUGCCAUUCUCAAUUCCCCAAAUAAUUCCAAGGUACAGUGUUUUCUCGCAUAAUUGUCGCACAUUUUAUUCUAAAAUCAGGUUUGAAAAGUAUGGGUGCGACAAUUAUGCGUAAAAAAAAUGUUUUAUUAGAUAAAGUUAUAAAAACAAAACCCAUUCAUGGAAAGUACGUUUAUUUAAAAAGUGAAGUAUAAAAGUGCAUGCCAACAAUUUAAAUUAACAAGAAGUCAUGUAACAAAAACCUUUCUUCAACUUUAAAUAGAAAAACAAUAGUAUCUGUGAUCGGAAUGCGAGCCUGAACGAACGCGUAACCAUCGUAGUACGCCCCAUGAAAGAGUGCGGGCCAUCAGAUGUAGUUACCUCGGUACUCGACAGAGAGCAUGCGUUGUAUGCACUCAACGAGAUAUCGAUAUUCAGCUACGUGUGCAUGCUCUAUACAGAAAGCAACAUAACCAAACAGAGAGCGUGCGUUGCAUGUACUCUGCGAGAUAUCGAUACUCGGCUACGUGUGCGCGCUCUAUACAGAAGCAACAUAACCAAACAUUAAUGAUUGUAAUGAGUGCUGGCUACAUUUUCGUAAGCGGUACACCGCGGCAACAUAGACGAACAGAUGAAAGUUGUAACGUUUAAAAAGUCUUUAAAAGAAAAUUACACAUCAGACAACUUCAUAUUUCCGUUAAUUAAAUAAGUAAGAGGUAAUGUCCGAAUAAAUAUUAGAUUUCUAUUUUAAAAUACAUCGUUUUAUACAGAAAAAAUACCCACACAAAGCGUUCGGAAUCUAAUAGCGGAACCAAAAACAUCAUGUGACGUUCACACGAGUUUUUUUUUAUCCAAAUGUUCACGCCCUAAAAUAUGGGUGCAGCGAUUAUGUGAUAAAAGUGGGUAGUUUUGCAGAGGCUACCCAGGUUUUUUUUCCCGGGUGUGUCAGUCCAGAUUUUUAAGAAAAACCUAAUUAAUAGACUGUAAUAUAUCAAAGACCGUAGACUUUUGAUCUGUAACUUUUUCCUCCAUUUUUUAUUCAACAAUGUGACCUUUAAAAACAACUAGUGAUGGGAUUUUCGAUACUGCGAUACCUUCGCUGAACUACAUAUGACAUUUAAAAAUUCUAUAUCUCCUAAAGUAUUUGGAAUUUCUUACCUCCGCCGCUUUUAAUGAAAAGAGGAAGUUGAAGAGCAUCUAAUAAAGGUAUUUUUGGAUUUUUAACAUUAUUUUUCGCAAAUACCGCUCUACAUAUUUUCCUUUAAAACUAAUUUAUGUUAUAUGUAAUAAUUGUUACUUAAUGGGAAAAUAUUUUCCCUGGAGUAUCGAAAGUAUCGAACUGAAAAAAUAUACAGAAUCGAGUAUCGAAAGUGUGGUAUCGUCCCACCUCUCAAAACAACAAAUAGCAUUACUUAUUAGUAGGGACUAGAAAAUUUCACGAUCGCGAAAUUUUCACGAAUUCGCGCGAAAUUAAGUGUAAAACGCGAAAAAUACCAUUUGUUGCGAAAAAACGAAAUUUCUACGAAUUUUAACAAACUAUGCGCGAAAAGGUUUAUUUAUUAUAAAUUUAGUAUCAUAAUCAUAAAAAUAAGUCGCAGUCACACGCAUCGACGCAAUUCACAAACAAUAUGUUCGUUUGAAUAAAAAAAUGUAAGGAAAUAAAUGUCCUAACCAAAAAAAAAACAUGAAGGGUAAAACUUAUAAUUAAUUAUUAUUAUGUAUUAUAAUAAUUUGCGAUGCUAAUCAUUGCUAAGUAAUUUACGAUUUUCUAUUUAUUAACUAACAUCCGCUUUAAUAUGAAACACUUAACGUGACGUUGAUUCAUUUUAAUUAAAUAAAAGUCCGCCGGUGUAAACCAUUCCUUUCGCCAGUCAUCGCAGCCAUUUUUUUUUGCUGCUAUGGCCUACGGAUAACGCUCCUAGCCAGUAACUUAAAUUCAUGAUUAAAAUUAACACACCAUUGAGUGGGACUUUGGGACGUAAUUACGGAGAACAUAAUAAAAUUACUUAAUACAUCGGGAAAAAAGUGACGGUAAAAAAAGAUAAAAUUAUUUACAUGGAGACUGCGGGGGAUAUAAACACUUUUAUUUUUAAUUCCUUGGGAUCCACGGAAGAAAAAAAAAAUUAACUUGAAAGAGAAUAGUUUUCACUGGUGUGCAACUGCUGCUGUCGUCAUGUUCACUUUGACUUCUACUCCGACGGGCAAAUCGGCAAGUUAACAAGAUUAUUAAUUGGAUAGUGACUAGUGAGUGAGUAAAAAUGCGGAAUAAAUUAAGUGCAAGGGAUCGAGCAUUUCAGUAUAAGAAGGAGGGGUUUUACUGUACAGAUAAUAGCACGGUUAUGUGUAAGUUUUGCAACACGAAAGUUUCGUGGGAUCGAAAAGACACGAUUGAAAAACAUUUAAAGUCGGCAAAACACGUGGCGUCAUUAGCAGCAACAAAAGAAGAGACUACAAAACUACAAACAUCAGUUGCAUCAUGCUUUAAUAAAGUUGUCAAAGACAAAAAAUCGGCAGAUUAUCUUGGAAAACGUGUCACAGAAACAUUUGUAAAGGCUAACAUACCACUUGAGAAACUUAACAAUGAACACAUGGUGAACUUCAUGAAUGAAUUUAUUGAAGGAUCUGGCGCAUUGCCUUGUGUAAAGACUUUGCGAGAAAAGCACCUUCCCAGAUUAAAUAUGGAAAGGGAAGAAAACAUCAAGGAGAAGGUCAAAGGAAAGCACCUUGCGGUAUGCUGCGAUGAAACAACAGACAAACAAGGUCGGUGUGUUUUCGUUAUAAUCUUCAAGAUUAUAGAAGCCAGUCACCAAGUUGAAAUCGUAGUAGGUGAUGUCCACAUUCUUGAAACAGCUGAUGCAAAAAGUUGUUCAAGAGCUAUUCUUGAUUCUUUGAACAAAUAUAACAUUAGCUAUGACAGUGUCCUGGCCUUAGUAUCAGACUCAGCCCGAUACAUGGGGAAGUGUUUUGACACACUUACCAACUUGAUGUCGGACAAUGUUGUAGUGAUUCAGUGUUGGGCGCACAAACUCAAUCUGAUUUUGAAUGUUCUGGGAAAGCACCUUCCUGAACUUCAAAAUGCCACUUCCAAAAUCAAGAGUGCGUUCCUGAACACUCGAAAGAGAAAGCAUCUGUUCCGGCAAUUUCUGGAUGAUAAAUAUGAAGCUGGAAGGGUUCCACUGUUCCCAAUGCCAGUCCUCACGAGAUGGUCUUCGUGGUACGAGUCUGUAGCCUAUGUAUCCGACUACAUAGAAGCUAUUGUUGAGUUCAUGAAGAGUGACGACAUAGCAUCAGUUAGCAAUGUUGGAGUUCAGUAUUUGGCAAGUUUGUCACAGGAACAGGUCCUUAAUGUUAAGGUGCAGGCUGCCUUCAUCAAAGAAACAGCAAAGGGAAUUGUUGACUUGACGAAGUUGUUGGAAGGGUCGUCAUAUCCUUGUAGCAACAUUUUGUGUGGUAACCUACGCAAAGUUGAGCAAGUUUUGCAGCUUGCUGAAGCAGGAAAUUUUGGCGAAGAAACAAGUUUAGCACUGCAGUCAUGUGGAAGAGAUGUUGCAAAAGCUCAGGUUAAAUCUGCCUUAGUAAAAGCUGCAUCACAUGGAUACACUAAGCUGCUAGCUUUAAUUUCAAGUGAUCCUGCAAGUCAUCUUUAUUCUGAACUGAGUGUUUUUGACCCUGCACAGAUUUUAAUUACGGAAGUAACAAAAGAUCUUGGUAAAAAAUUGAAGAAAAUGGCAUUGUUCAAGGACUGCGAUGAAAGUCAAUUGCUUCAAGGCUAUAAAGAGCUUCAGUUCUUGGUGAAGAAACAGUUAGGAGACAAAAGUGAUGCAUCACUGGAUUUGAUUGCAAUAUUAUUGUCUCUUUCUGUAAAUCAUCCAGAAUUUUCUAAGGGUGCUUUGAAAAGUGUAUGGUUGCCAUGUGCAAAUGCAGACUGCGAACGAUUUUUUUCUAAGUACAGUUCUGUUCUAAGUGACCAACGACAGCGCCUUAAUGCUGAAAAUGUAGCUAUUCUCAGUGAAAUCUAUUUUGAAGGUUGAACACUGUUUUAGUGUGUUAGUUGUAUGCCAUGUCAAUGUGUUUAGUGUUACAUAUGUAUUCAACUUUGCAGCUGUAAAUAUUAUGUAUUGUGUUUUAUGAUCUGUGACAAGCAGGAAACUGUGAAUUUUUUUGAUAGGAGCAUUACUAACAAAUAUAGAAGCUAAAAUUAUGUACAGAUAUUACGAUAAGUAAAUAAUAAUUUCCUCAUUGUAAAGGCUUUAAGAAUGUUUUUACAAGUAUCUCAGUAUCAAUAUAUAAUGUUCAUAUUAAUUUUGGGAAUCCACAAAAAAAUCACAUUGGUGAAAACACCGAAAUGAAAACACCGCUUUUAAGAAUUCAAACCACCGCUUUUUGCACUUUCAAAACGACGACAUUUUCCAGUCCCUACUUAUUAGUUAUUACUAAAAAACAAAUAGCGAUUAAGAAAUAUUUUUAGCAGAGGUGAGUUAAUAUAGGCUCUGGACUGUACUAACAUUUAAAAGUGUAUUAAUAUGUAAAUGUGUCUGUUGAAAUAUGUAUUUAUGAUCACAGGGCCAACAUUUUUAAAUGGUCAAUCGUGAAGUUUAAAAAAAUGUGUGCGCACCAUUGAACGACCUAGCGAUGACUGAUAUACAGAAUAUAAACACUUUUGCAUUGAGCUGAGGCCACGAGCUAUUGACUCAAACACAACUUUACGCCGUAUCACACUCAAUGUGGUCUGUUUCAUCUAAGGCGGCAAACUUAAGUUUCAGUUUUCCUAUGUUUAUAACCAUCAUUUAAAAUUACGCUUCUCGCGAUAAUAAAACGUUCUUAUUUAUAUUAUAUGUACAGUAUUUGAAAGAAUGCACCUGACUUGAUAUAGUGACAAGAAACUUUUUUUUUCAUGUUUCAACAGUUUUAUGGAGUUUUGUAUGAAAUUAGGUAGCAGUUUUACAAUCACUACUGCUACCCACUGACCGAUUCUGCUAAGCAAAACUAAAACAUAAUCAAAUUUGAGUUGCAAUGAUUAUUCCAUAGCCCAGUUGCCAAAUUCGAGAAUUAUAACUGACCAGUUAUGAACCAACUAUACUACGAUUCGACUUUGUUUAUGUUUGCUUACCAAUUGGGCUGUUCGGUGACAUUAUCUUGCUCGUUGCUCGGCGCAAAACUUCAGACAAUGAGCUUUGAAUGCUAUGUGUGUUCACAAUUUACUUGACUUUAUAUGGGGGGGGG